UGAUACAUUUCUCCCUCUCUCUGUGGAACAUGAAUUCGAGGUCAACAUUCAGCAUGUCUUAGUCUCUGACUAUAACACCAGCCUACAUAGUCAAUUAGUCAUAUAAAAACCUUCCAGCCAUAGAUUGUUUUUGCUUUCUUGGCAAGAUAAUCACCCACUUAGCUAGUAGUUUUGUGUAUACUGCCCAAGUUAGAACUUAGAAGCAGCCUAAACUCUUAAUGAGUUUCACCACCCCUAGUUCUGAUGGACUCCUGCAAAAUGGGUUUCCACUAAUGGAAUCAAAGGGAUUCCUUGAUGCUACCGAAGAAGAUGAAAUAACAAAGUUAACAGGCAAAACCAUGUUGAGCUCUGAAAAUUCUUGCGCAAACUAUGGUGAUUUGGAUCCCAAAGACAACAAAACAAAGCCAAACAAAAGAAGAUCGAGGGCAUCGAAAAAGACUCCUAUGAUUCUCCUCAAUGCCAACACUACGAAUUUUCGAGCCUUGGUGCAACAGUUUACGGGCUGCCAGAGUGCUCCUUCUUCUUCAUUCAAAGGUCCAAUCAACUUGAACUUUGGAGGAGGGAGUGCAGAAAAUGAUAUGGACGUAGCUGAUCAUCAAUCUAGUAUCUUUGGAUACAACAAUUUUGUUCAAAACAUUCAGGCUGAUGAUCAAGUGCGUGAUCAGCAGCAGCAAUUAGAAGAUCACGAACGUCUGUUAUCUAGUGGGAGCUUUGAUGGAGAUGCUUCCCUUUCAACAUAUGGUAAACCUGAAACUUAUGCAACCGCCUUGGAAAAUAUAGGUGCAGAGAAUGGUAACCUUUUUCACGAUUUCCCAGCAGAUUUUUCUUCCAAUGUACUUCCAGAUGAUGAUGAUUUUACCUUCUGAUGGUUCUGAGAAUCAAUUACCAGUAGAAAUUUUUGUUUGUCAUCUUCAUCACUCAGAUAAUGAAU